AUGUCAUCAGAUGGCCAGGGAAUGUCAACUAUGGAUGUCACGAUGACAGAAGAGACAAAUAAAAUAGGAAACAUGAUCAAAAACAACGAGAUGACAGAUUCUGACGUCCCCAAAGUGCAGCCGAAGGUUCAGAAUUUUGAGAUGCCUGCCUUCGUCGCUCCGGAUAUGGUUUUUUAUGAACCAAUUUCAUCUGUGAGGUUAGUUAAUUUUUGA